UGUUUGCAGCCGCGGUCACUUACAGCUCCACGAACAUCAUGGACCCAUUUCUACCAAAAAAAAAACCGUCAUGGACCCAGAACACUAUCGCUCGCAACUAAUACCAUCGAUUGAGAAAUCCGACGUGUACUCUUCUGGUGUGGUCAUGUUUGAUAGUUGUGUGGUAACUGGUAAGCCACUGGUCUUCCAGGGCCUGUCAGAGGAGAAAGUGGACUUGGCCCAAUGGGCCCGUAAUUGUUACAAGAAAGGAAGCCUUGAUGAAAUCGUGGACCGGUAUUUGACGGGCCAGAUUGCACCGAUGGCCUUGCAGAAGUUUGGUGAGGUUGCAGAGAAUUGUGCGCGCGAACAGGGAAAUGAACGGCCUACAAUGUGGGGAUAUCGUGGGAGCAUCGGAGCUUACAUUGCAACUUCAAGAAUCCGUAGAAGAAAACACGAACAGCGGCGAUGCUAUUAUCUCUAAUAAAUUUGUUCAGGUGAGAACACAAUAAAAUCUCAAUCAACAU